AUGGCCGAUCAAUUCUUAGAGAAUGUGAGAGAGCUUGCCGAGGGUCAAAUCGUAUACUUUCAAGGGCAACGUCUUGCAGAGUUCCUGACAACAGCUCUCCUCUCCAUAUCUGGAGCACUUGCCUUCUACGCCGGAUACGCUAAACAGGACAUCAAAGGAGCACUCCAGAUUGGGUUGCUUGGAAGCGCUGUUACUUUCCUCGUCGUCGUUCCACCUUGGCCUUUCUUCAAGAGGCACCCUGUCAAGUGGUUGCCAGUGGGAGGAAAGCAUGCUGUUCCCCAGGGCAUAGUUGUGGAUGGAGAGAUUGUGGGUUGA